CGAGGGUGAGUGAAGGGCCGGGCACACAAACAGGUACGCGAGCGGACGGGCCUCGGACGGCUACUGAUGGGCCCUGAGUACCUCUGGGCCCUGUCGUUCGGUUCCCGCGCCACGCCGGAGUCUGGUCCGCACUGCCUCGGGCGCACUCCGUGCCGCGUACCGGCUUGUUCCUCCGGGAGGUGUGCGUGCUUCUUCCUUCCCCCGCCCCCCUUCCCUUUGAUCCUGCCGCGCACUGCGUCCCCCACGCCGAUCCCCGGCUCACCUCCCGCCUGGUGGCGACCCGUGGUCAUGCAGACCCAGCAGCCAGCAGCGCCGAAUACGUGUCCCCGCAAACCCUCCCGGAGCCUCUCUGGUUCACUUUGUGCCCUGUUUUCUGAUGCAGACUCGGGAUCUGGGAUGAAGGCGGAGCUUGUUCCUCGGCCUGGGGCAGGGGGGAGGGAGAUGACCCAAGAAGAAAAGCUGCAACUUCGGAAGGAAAAGAAACAGCAGAAGAAGAAACGGAAGGAGGAAAAGGGGGCAGAACCAGAAACUGGCUCUGCUGUAUCUGCAGCCCAAUGUCAAGCAGGCCCGACCAAAGACCUGCCUGGACUGGACAGUCAGUUGGGCAGUGCCAAGGAGAAAGUUCCAGCAGGUCGGAGUAAGGCUGAACUUCGAGCUGAAAGGCGGGCCAAGCAGGAGGCUGAGCGGGCCCUGAAGCAGGCAAGAAAAGGGGACCAAGGAGGGCCACCUCCUCAGGCCUGCCCCAGCACAGCUGGAGAAACCCCCUCAGGAGUGAAGCGUCUACCCGAGCAUAGUCAGGUUGAUGACCCCACGCUUCUGAGGAGGCUUGUUAAAAAACCAGAACGACAGCAGGUUCCUACACGAAAGGAUUAUGGAUCCAAAGUCAGUCUCUUCUCCCAUCUACCCCAGUACAGCAGACAAAACUCUCUAACCCAGUUUAUGAGCAUCCCAUCCUCUGUGAUCCACCCAGCCAUGGUGCGACUCGGCCUGCAGUACUCCCAGGGCCUGGUCAGUGGCUCCAAUGCCCGGUGCAUUGCCUUGCUUCGUGCCUUGCAGCAGGUGAUUCAGGAUUACACCACACCUCCCAGUGAAGAACUGUCAAGGGACCUAGUGAAUAAACUAAAGCCCUACUUCAGCUUCCUGACUCAGUGCCGUCCCCUGUCAGCGAGCAUGUACAACGCCAUCAAGUUCCUUAACAAGGAGAUUACGGGUGUGAGCAGCUCCAAGCGGGAAGAGGAGGCCAAGUCAGAACUUCGAGCAGCCAUCGAUCUAUAUGUGCAAGAGAAGAUUGUGCUUGCAGCUCAGGCAAUCUCACGCUUUGCUUAUGAGAAGAUCAGUAAUGGAGAUGUAAUCCUGGUAUAUGGAUGCUCAUCUCUGGUAUCACGAAUUCUUCAGGAGGCUUGGGCUAAGGGCCGGCGGUUUCGGGUGGUAGUGGUGGACAGCCGGCCACGGCUGGAGGGAAAGCACACACUACGUUUUCUGGUCCGUGCUGGGGUCCCUGCCUCCUACCUGCUGAUUCCUGCAGCUUCCUAUGUGCUCCCAGAGGUUUCUAAGGUGCUGUUGGGAGCUCAUGCACUCCUGGCCAACGGGUCUGUGAUGUCACGGGUAGGGACAGCACAGCUGGCCCUGGUGGCACGGGCCCAUAAUGUGCCAGUGCUGGUCUGCUGUGAAACAUACAAGUUUUGUGAGCGUGUGCAGACUGAUGCCUUUGUCUCUAAUGAGCUAGAUGACCCUGACGAUCUGCUGUGUGAGCGAGGAGAACGUGUGGCCCUGGCUGACUGGCAGAACCACUCGUCCCUACGGUUGUUGAAUCUGGUCUAUGAUGUGACCCCCCCAGAACUGGUGGAUCUGGUGAUCACGGAGCUGGGCAUGAUCCCUUGCAGUUCUGUACCUGUUGUGCUGCGAGUCAAGAGUAGUGACCAGUGAGUGGGUGAACACAGGGUCAAUAAAUGACAUACUCCCUACACUUAGCAACUCUGCUGCCUUUUAUCUCUUUUAGCAUUGCCACCGCUUAGGUUAGGAGUCCAGACUGUCCAGCCCCUCUUAGCACCUGCUACCAACCUCCAUGCCAGUGCUUUGGGGCCAAAGUGAAGGUCAGUAUGGAGACCAUAAACUAUCCAAGUCAUCAGCCAUUUAUUGAGUAUCUAUGUGCCAUACACUGAGCUAGAUAUGAGGAAGAGUAUAAUAAGGACAAAUAAGAGUCCUAUCCUUAGUAUUUUAGUAUUAUUAUUACAUUAAUAUUUAAGUUAAACCAAUAUAUUGAUAUUUACAUUAAAUAGUUACACAUUAAUAUAUUAAUAUUUUGUAUCCUUAGUAUUGAGUAUUUACUGUGUGUCAUAAACUGUUGUAGUCCCGUUUUAUCCAUUUAGGAAGAUUAAUACCACUCUAUGAAGUGCGAUUUUAUAGAUGAGAUAACUGGGGCACAGAGAGGUUAAGUUACUUGCCCAAGGUAACACUAACUAAACCGGCAUGUGAUCUCCGGCAUUCUGGAUCUAGAGACUGUGCCCGUAAUUUUUACGCUAUCUGCCAUUAAGGAGUACUCAUCAUGAUGGAGGAAGACAGGUGACAUCUACAGUAUGAGAUACAUUCUACUAGUAGUAUGAACAGAGUUCAUUGGAAGCAACCCAGGAUGUUGCCAGGAGAUCUAGUGAGGUUGGAGAAGACUUCACAGGUAACAUCUGACCUAGUCCUUGAAGGAUAAGAAGUUUCCCAGUUGGAAAAGAAUGAGAACGCAGGUGAACAGAGGAAAUAACUUAGACUACAGAAUAGGCCUUAAAAUGACUGGCCAAUUCCAAAGUGUCAAGUAGUGUGGUAAAGCUAGAACCUCGGCUUAUGUGGAUAAUUAGUGAUACAGCUGCUAACGUAGGUUGGAUUGGGUCCAGAUUGUGAGAGUCUAACCAUUGUGGUUAGCCUAAAAAAUACGUUAGAGUCAUCCAUUUUGUGUGUGUGUGCGUGUGUAUGUAUGUGUGUGUAUGUUUUAUUGAAAAAUUUCAAGCAGCAUAGAAGUACAGUGAACUAUACAAAGAAUCCCCAUCACCAAAUGUAGUAAUUAUCAAGAUUCGCCACAUAUGCUUUUUUUGUUUCCCUUGUUUUCCUUGCUGAAGUUGUAUUAGAGCAAAUCCCAGUCAUUAUAUCGUUUUACUCCUCCAAACGUCAUUAUGUCUCUAAAAAAUAUGGAAGCUUACCAUGUCAUUACACUUAUUAAACUCUUCCUUAUUGUCCAAGCCAUAA